AGUAUUCACUGAGCUAAGGCUUUGUCGGAAUAGAUGUUUAGCAUCCGCCUUGAGAUUUGAUGGUAUUACUAUUGGCAUUGCCUUGGCCGAAGAGGGCGACUGAUGAUUCUACAUCAGUCGCGACUCUGCCGGCCAGGAACCGGGAGCCCUUGCGAUCGGUCUCCCGAGGAAUGGAUACGGGUAUCAUCGCUCCCGAUGACUUGGUCAUGCCGGAGAUUUGGUUUCCAGGCAUCCUUUGUAGGAAGGGCGGGAGGUUUAAGAAACACGGAUUCAGAGGGUGUUUGUAUCCUUUUGUUAAAUAAACACGGGAUCAAAGAAGGUAUGAUAUUUAUCUAUAUUGACCGCUUCAUACGUGGUGGGAAGAUAUUCCUCCCUUUUGGAAAGGUUGGAGGCGAAUUAGAAUAAAAUAGAGCUUUAUAGGAAAUAUACUCCUUGUCGGUAUUUGUUCCUGGUAGGAAAUUUUACACAUGGUUAUCGGAAAAGAGCGUUGGUAUCCAUUUUAUUCUAGCAAAAGCCAUGUUAGCAAUGGCAGAAAGGAAGGUAAAGAAUGUGUAAAGUGUUAUGAGACGACGGCCCUAUGGUCAUGUAAAUUAGUAAAUUACGGUACAACUGCUGGUUCUUCAUAUGCAAAUUUGGUCGUGCGAACGCGGUCUUCGUAUGUAAAUUGGGUUUGGUCUUACCCUCGUUGCGUAACGAGUACGGUUGGCUGCGCGUCCUUACUGAGGACCUGGAGCGCACGGUUUUUCGUUGAUAGAGUGCGGGAUAGUAAAUUACAGUUUGACGACGCCUUGGAAUACGCAUCAGGCUUGGAUCCGGAUUUAUCAUGGCUGACGUGUACGAAAUUGUAGAGGAUAACGUCCAGGCGUACGGUGACACGGACGAGCCCGUGAGUGCUAGUUUUCGAGGGCUAUGCGAGACUUUUAAGAUCUCCAAGCGGUGUUUUCAAGUGCUGGUGGAAGAUGGUUGGGAUGAUGUCCAUCAACUGCACGAUUUGGACAAGAACUGGCGGAGCCAUGUGUUGGCUUUGGCGCCUAAUGGUGGGCAGAAGAGGAAUCUAGAAAAAAUGCUGGACCGAGUAGAGGCGGGGCCCUUAGACCAGCCGGUUCCAAAGAAGAAGCGAGUGGAGGGACCUGACGGCCAAGUGCAGCAGGACAAGGGGUCAACAGACGCGGUUGGCAAGGCGUUGAGCUCAGACGGUCCAGGCCCCAGCGGAACGGCUCCUGUCGUGGCAUCAACAUCGGCCACGCCCCCCAGGUAAUUAGGGUUGUUUAAAAAAAAAAA